AUGGCCUGCGCCACACCACCCUUCUUUCCCAACUAUGAUGUGCACUUUUCUGAUUCCACCAUCCAGACCAUUCUCUUGAGGAGCCUUCCUGCCGUCAAGUCGGAGCACAUGUCUAUCGAGCCUCUUCCCUUUGGCAACUCUUUCAACAAUCGCAUCUACUUUGUAAAUCUCAGCGAACCAACCACCUUCCCAAGACCUCAAUGGACACCAACUGGAUGCGACACAACUACAAGCGUCCGGGUGGAUGAAGCGAGCUCUUUCGUUCUAAAAGUCGUAAGCCGUCCUGGAGCUCCGAAACCACAGAAUGAGGUAGCGUGUCUCUUGCUGCUCGAGAGGUACUGUCCCUCGGUGCCCACACCUAGAGUGAUUGCCUGGUCCGAUGAUGGGAAAAGAAUACGGACACCCCUUGAUCCCCGAGGUUCCAGGGCCCGCUCGCCGUCAUGGUUUCUGCGGAGGCUGACGAGAGCAAGCCGUCAGAAUGGUGAGAUGGAAAAAGGUCAGAUGGAGACAAAGGGACGAGGUUGGAUUCUUAUGACCCGUGUGUCAGGUAGAAUCAUUAACAAAGAUGAUCUCACCGGGGUGCAUGGAGACGCCAUCAUGAUUCAGAUGGCCGAACUUGUCGCCACAUGGCGAAAGCAGAUGCCACCAGCACGGGCAAUUGGGAAUCUGCGCCUCAUGGGUCGAACUCUGGUCGCCCCACGAUCAGCUACCUUGUACGACCGGUCCAUUCUUCCCGGGUUGGAUGUGUAUGUGGACGGCGUGAUCGUGACCGAACCAAAUUCUACGCCCCUGAACACGUCUUUGAAAUACCACACCCAUAAGCUAACAGUAGAGUUGCGACGGCUCAAGACUGCAAAGGUCUUCGAACAGACACGGGAACCCGUGUCCGAACUGGUCCAGCAUUUCAUCAGAGAGACAUUGCCCAGACUGUCCAUGUUCAGCCACACAGCUGAAGAAAUGAUCUUCACCCACGACGACCUGUCGCCGCGGAAUGUCCUUGUUUCUGCUACGCCUUCCGCUAUCGAAGUGACAGCAGUGAUAGAUUUUGAAUCUGCCGGUUUUUUCCCAGCACCGGAAGAGUUUGGAAAUACGGUGGAAAACAUCUACAAGCGGUCAUGGACAUUGCACGCGUAUGAACAGUUCCUGUCCACCUUGAGUCGCCUGGAAGCUUUGCCCGAGUCACUUUCUCAAUCGCUCACCUCGUCACCUUCCGACGGCACUGCCCAAAUCGCCUUUGGUGGACCCGAGUUUCAUCAGGCAGUUCUCCUCUCGCGCAUCGCUGGAAACAUUGCUCCGUGGUGGGUGAAGCAGGAAGUCGACACGUUGAGCGACGAAGAGGUGAAGCGGCAAUUGACCGAGGCAAGGGCUAGAGUGGAAAAAUCUGUGGAAAGUCUGGAAGCUAUGGUCAGCAGGGAGCCGAGGCCUUAG